UGAUUGUGUAAAGACAAUGGAAUGGAGCAAAGAAGUAGGAUCCUCGUCUUCUUCUUCUUCAUUGACUUCAGAGCUCUUCGGUUCAAAAGACUUGCCUUCAUCUUCCUCUGGGAUUUUCGGCUCUAUAUUUGCUCAUCCAUCUAAGGUAUUAGGGAGGGUGUCUCUGCAUCCUGAUUCAAUGACCGAUGGGCAGGAUAAUCCGAACACAAAGCCUGGAGCCUCUGGUGAAAAUCCAAACACCUGGAAUAGAGACACGAGUUCCAGAUAUCAGGAGCAAAAAGUACAACCAUGUAAUCUAAGUUCGUCGAUCUACUACGGUGGGCAAGAUAUAUACUAUCUUCCCAAUAGUAGCCAGGGCCCUGGAUUUAACUCCAUGUAUAAGAAGGAUGGUGGAGAAGAGGAUUCAGGGAUGGCAUCAAGAGGAAACUGGUGGCAAGAGUCUCUCUAUUACUAAGAGCUUGCUUGCCAAUCAGAAUACUUAUUAUAAAGGUACCUAGGAAGAUAUAUACAGACAACAAUUUAAUCUGUCUCUGGUUAUAUAUAUUGGGC